CCCAUUUCAUUUUCAGAUCUCAAAGUCUCUCUCCCCGCCGCGGCUUCCUCUCUGCUUCCUCAGUCUCUCUCUCUCUCCCUCUCCUUCCUCUCUUCCUCCAAAUCACUCUCUCUAGUCUUCUCUUGUCCUCCUCGUGGAUUCUUUCUUCCAAACAAUGAUUUUCCCUCGCCCCUUUCGAGACCCGACGAAAAGAGGAAUUGUAAGAGCUUGCGACGAUCACUGCGAUAUCGCUGCAGCAAAGAGGUUAGAACACCUUGCAGGAUUCCCAUGGGUUCAAAUCCUGAUGAAUGUGUUUUCUGAUUCCCAGGUGUGCAAUUUCCUCUCUACCUCUCGUAUUCCUUUUAAUUACAAUGGCAUGAAUGGUAGGAUAGAGGAGUUAUUUCAGAGGUUAGAACACCUUGCAGAACAGCGAAAUCGCCUUGGUCUUAGAGAAGGUAUUGGGCGCAAGGUUUCACAAAGAACUCCCACAACUUACGUAGUUGAGGAAGGAUUCUGUCCCUAUGGUAGGGAUAAAGAUAAAGAAAAGUUAAAAACACUAUCUGACAAUGAAAGUAGCAGUAAUUUUUCUGUAGUCCCUAUAGUCGGUAUUUUUCCCUCUUAGGAGAGAGCAAUGCUUCUUUCCUUGCUUUGAAAUUCGCCUAUUUUUCCCUCUUCCACUUCACACGGACUUGUAUCAUGAGGUUUGACUGCGUUCAGUUCAUCAGUAUAUUCACCCCUUCAAACACAAUCUUAUACAUUAUAAAAGACCAAAUGAAAGUAGACAAACAAUUUGAUGAGAACAAUUAAACAGAAAAUCUCUAAGACAGUAAGUAAAACCAAGUUUUCUGUCUUUAGUUUUCUUUCAUUACGUUUUUUUAUAUCCAUUUUCUAACAUGCCAUUACAUAAUUUGAUUGUGUGCUCAUCUCUUUUUAAUUGUAUUAUUGUAUCAGGCAAAGAAAACCACAUUUAUGGUAAGGACUUUAUGCAGAGCAGGCGGGAGCCACCAAUAUUUUGGUGGUUCAGCCAGAUGCCUUAAUUGUUGCUGGAUAUUCAAGAGUUACAUCAUAUUCCGGCUAAAGUAAUAUUUCUUUAUCUUUAACAACCGAAUUGAUUAUUAUUUGACUAUUUUUAUAGUAUAUGUAGUAUAUUAAUUGGUUCUAAUUUAUGUAUACAGUUAGACCCGAAGAAAAGAAAGUUAAAUGCAUUUCUAAGAAUCCUCCAACACGAGCAACAUGGUGUCAUGAUCAAUAUGAAUGCAUUCAAACCUCCUGAUACAAGUCCUUGUGAAGUGGAAGAGGGAAAAAUAGGCGAAUUUCCAAGCAAGGAAAGAAGCAUUGCUCUCUCCUAAUGGACUCUAAUAUCUUCCUUGUGAAUAUAUGUCCUAACAUAUAAUGCGCAUCACAUUGAUCAUGACAUCAUGUUGCUCGUGUUGGAGGAUUCUUAGAAAUGCGUUUAACUUUCUUUUCUUCGGGUCGAACUGUAUAUAUAAAUUAGAACCAAUUAAUAUACUGCAUAUACUAUAAACAUAGUCGAGUAAUAAUCAAUUUGUUAGUUAAAGAUAAAGAAAUAUUACUUUCACCAUAAAAUGCUGUAACUCUUGAAUCUUCAGCAACAAUUAAGGCAUUUGACAGAACCACCAAAAUAUUGGUGGUUCCCGCCCGCUCUGCAUAAAGUCCUUACCAUAAAUGUGGUUUUUUUUACCUGAUACAAUAAUACAAUUAAAAAGAGAUCAGAUUAUGUAAUGGCAUGUUAGAAAAUGUAUAUAAAAAAAAGUAAUGAAAGAAAACGUGAUCAAAUAAAUGUGGUUUUCAGAUGAGCACAUAAAUGUAGUUUCAGUUUCCCAACUUCAAAUACUUGAUCAAAAUUAGUCCUUUGGCCACGAAGAGAGAAAAAUGAAUGAUAAUUAUAUUUUGAUUGUGAGUUGAGUUCCAAUAACAACACCCAGUUAUUAUUGUAGGGAAAAGUAGAUAUCCAAUUCUAAUAAUUUACCAUAUGAUGGAUGUCUUCAAAAUUAAUCCAUAUCUUGUUCUACAUGAGUCUCUCAUGCUCGUUUGAAAGCAAAUGUCUAGUAAAACAAAUGUCUAUGAAAGAAAAUCUCUCAUGCUCGAUCGAUUUCGACUAAUUGGGGCUACCGCCUAGAUGGGUAAAUUUUCAAGAAUUCAGAUGUCUAUGAAAGCAUAAGCUUUUAAUUUGAGUUGUAAUUAUUUAAUUCUCAUUUGCAUGUUUCAUUUUAUUGGGGGAUCUACUCGAUUUCUCUCUACAGUGGAAUUGAAAAUUGGGAUUUUGA